GCUAAUACCAGUUUUUUUAUAACUUUGAGACAAAAGACAAAUAUUAGGCCCAUUCUAAUAUAAUGUUUAAGGAGUUAUUAAAAAAGGUGAAAUUGAUGUCAAUACGGUAAAAAUGCUACCCAAAUACACUAUUCCACGCGCACGAAGUCGCGGGCAAAGAUAGUAGAAAUAUAAAAUAUAUUGUAAUUAGGUUAUGCAAAGAGUUCUUAUCGUUAUUACCUUCCACUACCUUUCCGUUUUGUUAUAAAUUAGUUUGAAAUAGUCUGCUUGCCUCUAAAUACUAAUUGUACCUAAUUAUUUUCAUAAAAUGUACUUUCUCUUGAUAUACGCUGCGUCAAUAGUGAUUUUGAGUGAAGCUUCAACCAUCGAGCAAUUGUCCAGAAUUCCAGAGGUGCGUCGGUUCCAGCAGUAUAUACAGAUAGAUACAGUCACUGGAAAAGAUCUUACCCCAGCUGUUAAUUUCUGGAGGAGGCACGCAUUAAUUGCCAGAGCGAAGUUUUCCACAUACGAGGCUAUAGAAGGCUAUCCCGUUGUUAUCCUGAAAUGGCCUGGCAAGAAUUCCUCGUUACCCAGUAUGGCACUCCUCACGCACAUGGAUGUUGUGCCAGCGGACAUGAGGGAAGGAUGGACAUACCCACCGUUUUCAGCGCACAUAGAUGACAACGGUGAUAUUUACGGGCGUGGUACACAAGAAAAGUCGGUUACUAUGCAACAGUACGAGGCUAUCAUGCGAAUGAGAAAACAAUCUGCUGCUCUUAGGGAUGUCUACAUGAUUCUUACGCCAGAUAAAGAAACAGGAUCUAGAAAUGGUAUUGCGUUGUAUUUAAAAAGCAAAUCAUUCAAAGAGUUGAAUGUUGGAUUUUUCCUGACUAUCGGAGUGCCUUCAAUGAGUGAAGACAUUGCUUUACUGUACCGAGGAAAGACACGAUGGUCAUUUGAAGUGAAAUGUACAGGACCCAGUGGAGACAGCACUUUGUUAAUCGACCCAGCUGUUUCAGCAGAUGGAAUGUGUGGCCGCUUUUACAUGGCUUAUACAAAAUACAGAAAUGGACAAUACGAAGCCGCUGAAGAAUCAGGCUUUUGCGACAUGGACAACAUUACUGUCAUUAAUUUUGUAGGACCAAAAGUUAAUACUGUAUUGGGCGUAAUACCUUCAACUAUUAAUUUAUACUACGACUCAUUUCUGGCGGUUAAUACGAGCUUCGCUCAGUUCAAAAAGAUCGUUUAUGAGUGGCUUGAAGAGGCGGGACCUAACACCAAGCUGAGAACAUUGUUGCGGCAGGAUGCCGGCCCCGAUUCUGUGGUGGAUGAGGACAAUUCGUACUACAGAGCAUUGGAAAAAGCUUCCAUAAGCUUGGACAUAGCAUUCUGCCCCCGCAGCGCCUCUCAACCUGAAGAAGCAUCGUACGUGGCGGCUGCGGGAUAUCCUGUUUUCGGUCUGUCUCCAAUAAUCAGCACCGAGAAUCUCGUCCACGCUGUCAACGAACGACUCAAUAUACAUACAUUCUUAAACGGAAUCACAAUCUACGAGGAGAUCUUCAAACAAUUAUUCAACUUAUCCCCAGACGAAGUAUCGAACAAUUCCAGUGAUUAUCUGAUGCCGAAUACACCUAAUUAAUAAUUUUGGUUUUAAUGAUAAACUCUCAAACAUAUAUAGAU